CCAAGAAGAGGAAACAAACGGCGGCGACGGCGAGAUCCGAGCUGGAGUAACAGAAAGGAAAAAGAAAAAAAAAUCCACGGCCGUCACGGCGCGUAUCCCGAAGCGGCGUAUCCCCUCACCUCACCCGUCGCCUCGUCGUCCUCCUCCUACCUCACCUGCCUUCCUUGCCACUACCCACUACUAUCCCCACCCGUGUCCCGCGCGCCACGCCACGCCACGCGCCCACGCCUCGCCUCGCCUCCUCCCCCCACCCCCCGACCAACCACCACCGCCUGAGCCGCCGCCGCCGCCGCCCGAGGCGCGACGGAAUUCCCCCCCGUUCAAUUGGACGCGUCGCGGUCGCGAUCCGCCGAUCGAUCCUGCAGCCACUGCUGCCAUGGGCGAGCCCGUGGUCCCCCCGCGCGCCCCCGCGGCCCACGCCGCGGUCGCGGCGCCGAAGCCGCCGGGAGAUGCGGUGGCGGCGGAGGGCGAGGCUAGGGCGCCGCCGCGGCCGCCGCCUGCAGUGGCGGCGGGUGCGGGGGCGGGGGCGAGCGGGGGAGGGAGGCGGGUGUUCUCCGUGGAGCUACGGCCCGGGGAGACCACCAUUGUGUCGUGGAGGAAGAUGCUCAAGGAGGCUGACCUCGGAGCUGCCUUGCCGCCCCCGCCGCCGGCGGCGGCGGCACAGCCGGCGGUCGCCCCCCUCCCUGGACCAUCUGGUGCGACACAUCCUACAGAAAAUGACUGCGCACAAUCAAAUCGGUUCAAUUCAGUUAUUGAGAAAAUUGAGCGCCUUUACAUGGGCAAAAAUAGUAGUGAUGAGGAAGACUUGGAUGAUGCGCCUGAUGAUGAUCAGUAUGACACAGAAGAUUCGUUUAUUGAUGAUGAUGAAUUGGAUGAAUAUUUUGAAGUUGACAAUUUUGCAACCAAGCACAAUGGUUAUUUUGUGAACAAAGGAAAAUUGGAACAAAUUGACUUUGAUUCAGUACAGACUGUUGAACCAAAGAAACGAAGACGAAAAGACUCAUCAAGUUCUUAUAUUGAGAAUAACAAGGAAUUUUCUCCAGGCUCUUCCUCAUACAUGGGCACGCCUUUAAGAGACUCUAAAAGAAGCACUCUCCAAACGGGGAAGAGUACUAGUAAUGGUCACAAAUCUGGAGCUAAUGGAACAUUUGAGUACCCUUAUUCAGCAUACCGAGACAAGGAUGCUCCAGGACAUCUUGGCCUCCAACAGAAAAUAACUUCUAAUGGGGCGAACCAAGAUUUGUCAAAGAACAUGCACCACAAAGAGAAAUAUAAUGCUGGUCAAUUUUCUGGUUUGCAUGCUUCCAGUAACAUCUAUUCAACAGAAACAAUGCACUUGGCCACAAAAAUCCAUACAGAAGGUUCAGGUACCAAGACCAAGGGUACCAGACUUGAGCGAGCUAUCCGUGACCUCCAAAACAUUGUCACUGAAUACAAACCACAGAUUCUUGAUGUACAUGAGGCUGAGGCAAAUUGCCAGGUAGCAGUUAAAAGAAGAUUGCCACAAGAAGUAAAACAAAAACUUGCUAAGGUCGCAAGGUUAUCGGCAAAUCAAGGAAAAAUACCAGAACAUGAGCUGAUCAAUCGCCUCAUGGGCAUAGUUGGCCACCUUGUGCACCGUAGGACACUGAAGAGAAACAUGAAAGAAAUGGUGCAAUCAGGUUUAUGUGCUAAACAAGAGAAGGCUGGGAAAUUGCAACAAGUGAAAAUGGAAAUCUAUGAAAUGGUCAAAGCACGUCUAGCCACCAAACCUAAGGGUGCUGAACAUAAGGUUGAAUCUAUAGAUGGCUUUCAGGAUCCUGUUACUCAUGAUGACAGAAUGGCCUUGAGAGGAAAAUCUGUCAUGGAUGCUGUAUUGGAGGACAGGAUCUGCGACCUGUAUGAUCUGUAUGUUGAGGGUAUGGAUGAAGAUAAGGGCCCUCAGAGUCGUAAGUUGUAUCUAGAGCUUGCUAACUUAUGGCCACAUGGCGACAUGGAUAAAGUUGGAAUUCGAGAUGCCAUUUCUAGAUCUAAGGAGCGAAGGAAUUUAUUAUAUAGGCAGAGGAAGGUCCGCAAUGACCAGAGGAUGAAGAGGAGAAGGCUGGCUGCUGCUGCCAAGUUGCGUGACAGCGACCCUGCCGCCCCACAAUCUGCACAGUCCCUGCAAAAUAUGACAAGCACCCAUACCAUGUAUCCUGUGGUUAACAAUGGAAAUAGUCAGAGUAGCAGAAGUGUCGACAAAGUUAAUGAAAUGAGCGUCGGUGCAGGAUCGGAUGGCAACAGGAGUUCUACCAGCAUGAAGAAACGAAAAAUAGACUCUGAAGAUAGGCAAGUUAACCCACCGAAGGCUACUGCUGAACUUCAUCAUCAUGGUAUUGAAAUACAGAAGCCGGCAAAGCGUGCAGAUGAGGCAACAAAGGUCAGUAACCUUCCCCAGACGCUGCUUGCCAUUCCAAGCAGCGACAGUCGCCCCAGCAGCAGCUAACGUCCUGAUCGUGCUGGCAUAGCUUUGGAGAACAAAAUAAAUCAUCGGCAAAGGUCGUUGAUAACCAAUAUAGUAGAACACACUAGCUAGGUGAUUGCUACUGGGAUGCUCUCGGAGCCUAUUUGUUGGCUUCUGAGCAACCACUAAUUCUUGAAGAUCUUGUUUGAUACUAAAAAUAAGGUGUAUUUAUAAGAACCCUCUGUAACACAAUGUCUAGCCGGUUUCGUUUUUACUGUUGCUGUUAUAUUCUGCACUUCACUCUGAUAGCCUGCAACGUAGAUAAUUUCAUCUUUAGAUUGCCAUUUUUCUUCCCCUCUUAGACUAUAAAUUGAGAAAAACCUAGCUCUGUACAAUCUAGAUCGUCAAUAUAUCUCGGAAGCACUUUUUAGGUAUGGAUAUAUUCACAGAAUAAAGUGUUGUGUGAA